AUCUAACAUGGAAAGAUUUUAUUGUUUCCUUCCAGCACUGAUGGUGCUUGUUCCCACCGUUCGAGGCUACUGUACAACGACUAUUCCCGUUAAUCUACUGGAAGGCUGUGCCUUCAGGCCGCUGAUGGCCAUGUCCGAGCAAUCGGGAUGGGUGCUGUCGAAGGAGAACUGUGGCGAAUCAAUAGCCGUGGAAGUGUUCGAAGUGCCGCCGGUGUUGUUCUUUGAUUUCACCGAUCCGGAAAAACUCUACACGUUGAUCAUGGUGGAUAUGGACGGAGCAAGCACCGAGGAUCGGCUGUAUCUGCAUUGGAUCGUGGCGAACGUUCCGGCGUCCACUUUCACGCAAGGCAUGACUUACAUGGAUGGUGAUACGGUAAUGGACUUCCUAGCACCAACCUCGGGACACUAUGAACACCGGUACGAGUUCUACCUGUACGAGCAGGUUUACGGUACCAGCUACCCGCCGAUGCCCAACAGUCGUGAGGAGUUCGAUUUGGCCGGCUGGAUUAAUUCGAUUUACCCUGAGGGCGCACUUUGUGGUCCGGUUGCAUCGAUUGGUUUUAAUUCAUAGUCUAUCGCGCGGAAGCUUU